AUGGAGUUUUGUAGGCUUUUCAUUCUUCUAGUGCUCAUCAGUGAAUUGUUUUGUGAUGCGCACAAUGAUACGAAAGUCUCCGAAUCGACGGUGCUUCGAAGAAAGAAACGUUUCCUUCUAUUCACGCCCGGCUCAAUGAUUUUGCUGACUUCGUCCUUCGGCAAAGCAUUGGUGUUUCAGGGCCCAACCGGUCUGAAUCUGAUCGGUGAGAUGGAUCUGUACCUGCCACUUCCGGACUUUAAGUAUCAGGCAUCGAAGCUGAAGCUGGGCAAGAUAGCGAUGUAUCCUCCGGAGCCACCAAAAAAACCUCCACCGCCGCCACCACCACCGCCUCCAGCUCCGGCUUCGGGUCCACCCCAUGAUCACCAUCACGAUGGUGGCGAACUAACGUCGGACGAGGUGGCACAAUAUCUGAAGGAUCAUCCUGAAACGUGGGUACCGCCCGGAUGGGGUAAAGAACGAGCCGAUUGGAAUGUGGACCACCUCCAGUACUCUUCGCCGUACUGGGCACCACCCCCGACGGUAAGUCGACCAAUGUCUCCCGUUCUCGAUCGGUACCUGGGUAGCUAUGAAGGUGGGACGGGCUCGAGAUAUUACGGAUGGAGUGGCGCACAACCGGGGGCCAUGUAUCGUCGUUCGAUACCAGAGUCCACGGUGCUCCACGGUGUGGAGGAUCGCGAGGAGGAGGAUCGUGAACGGAUCCGGUGGCUGAGUGGAGAAGCGUUCAACAUCAGUCAGCACAGCGACUGGGAGCACUUCCAUCACUACCGCGAUCGACGGGCCCUUUUCAGCCAGCUUGAGGACACCAUCGGACCGUUAACUGGGUUCCACAUGAAAGAGUGCAUUCUGCGGAGCAUCUGCGAGGCGAAGCACAUGCUCCCACCUCCGGGACGCUCGAUGACGCUGGACAUCUUCAGGGUGCUCUUUAGUUACCCUCUGAAGGAGGUCCUCGACGAUGACUACAGCAAUGCGAUGCGCGACGAGAACGCCAAUUGCCGCGACAAGUACGGUACGGGAUGUCCGAUGAGUUUACUCGAUUUGAUCAUGUUUGGUCGGUUCGAACCAUAACGCUUGAAACAACAUCGGUUAGCGGAGGAGUGGUAAUUUAUUUGUAUUUUA